UCUGAGGUAAAGUUCCUUCAAACUGCUGAGACUGAGCUCUGCAUCACACAGCUCAUUCACACACACUUUAACUUCACAUUCACACUGAAGUUAACACACACACACACACACACACGCACACACACGGCGUCUGCAUGGGAACCUGACUGGACGUGGGCCCAGCUGUGUGUUUCUUUGGGAUGGAUAACUUCAACUCCACCCACCUCCCCACCAACCAAUCAGAUUUAAGCUCCAUCUUCACCCGCCAGGUCCUGCCGGCGCUCUACAUGCUGAUCUUCACGGUUGGCGUGUCCCUCAACGGCCUGGCCGCCUGGAUCUUCUUCCAGGUGCCGAGCGACUCCGCCCUGGUGGUCUACCUGAAGAACAUGGUGGUGGCAGACCUCCUCAUGCUCACUUCCUUCCCGUUCAAGAUUGCUGCCGACUUUGAACUGGGUGGCUGGCGCCUCUACUUGGUCGUCUGCCGCUACACCGCCGUGCUCUUCUACUCCUCCAUGUACGUGGGAAUCCUCUUCAUGGGGCUCAUCAGCAUGGAGCGCUACGUCAAAAUUGUACGACACUCCUCGCCACUGAAUCUCCUGCAGAGCGUCGGCUUCGCGCGCCUGCUGGCCCUGCUCACCUGGAGCCUCCUGUUGCUCUCUGUCCUGCCCAACGUCUUGCUGACCAGCCGGCCAGCCAAUGAGGAGAACGCGCGGCACUGCAUUCAGCUGAAGACGCCGCUGGGUGUCCAGUGGCACCGGUGGUCCAGCCUUUGCAGCGUCGUGUUGUUCUGGGUGACGCUGCUCGUCCUCGCCUUCUGCUACACCUCAAUCGCCCACCGGGUAUACCAGUCGUACCGGCGGGUGCGGCAGGACGGCAGCGACGUCUGCCGCAAGUCUAACCGCAGCAUCUUCAGCAUCCUGGUAGUGUUCUUUGUGUGUUUCGUGCCGUACCACGUCUGCCGUGUGCCAUACACACUCAGCCAGAUGCCGGAGUCGGGGUUCAGCCCGGCGAGCCGCUUCCUGCUGUUCCAGCUGAAGGAGGUGACGCUCUUCCUGUCGGCGGUCAACGUCUGCCUGGACCCGGUCAUCUACUUCCUGAUGUGCCGCACCUUCAGGGAGUCGCUGCUGAGGAAACUGGCGAGGGGAGAGAGGAGGCCCUCGCUCAGCACCGCACAGAGCCUCAGCAACAUGUAGGAGGAGAGGAGGAGCUAAAAGACAGGGUGAGAGAGGAGGAGGACCAAUAAAAGAAGGCAAUGAAAGAGGAGAAUUUAGGAGAGGGAAUGAA